AUGCCGGCCCAUUGCAUCGGUAAUCUUUUCUGCGCUCUCGACCUGGAGGACCUGAUCCGCAAGGGCCACCUUGGCCCCCUCAACAGCAGUGGCGAUCGUGAAUUAUACGAAGAAUCACAGACAGCAGCAGGCAAUUUUGAACCCGGCAAUUUUGAACCAGGCAACUUUGAUCCAGCCAACUUUGAUCCAGUCAGCUUUGAUUCAGCCAACUUUGGUCAAGGCAGCUUGGAUCGAGGCACUUCUGAUACAGCCAACUUUGAUCCAGGCAGCUUGAAUCCAGGCAACCUGAAUCCAGACAACUUUCCACCAGGCACUUUCGAUCCAGGCAACCUUGAUCCAGGCAAUUUUCCACCAGGCACUUUUGAACCAGGCAUCUGUGACCCAGACAGCUCUGAUCCAGGCAACUUUGUACCAGGAAACUUGGCGCGGCCCCAGCUCACGGCGCGCAGAGUCUGGUUUCCGGAGCAUUUCAUAUCACGACGGACACUCGUUAUCCUGGGCUUCACACAUGCCAAGGCCGACGAGCUUUGGAAUCACUGGCCCGGCGCGGAGGCCGCCCUGGAGCCGUGGGACUUUGAAGAGCCCGCGCGAUCGGUCUUUCGCGCGCGCUCAGUGCAGCGCAAAUUCCUCGCGCUCAUGAUGGAGGUAAUGGACAAGGCGGGCAACACCACGGGCAGCACCGAUGCGGCGGCGAUGAGCCUUUCGGGGAUCCGGGGCCGAACGGUGGAUCCGCGCGAGCUCAUGAGCGUAUGGGGGCUCAGUCGGCGAGGGCAGGAUGAAAUCUUGGAUCCGUUCAAGAGCGUGGCAGUCGGCCAGGGUUUCUGCCAGCGCUGGGCCAGAGAAUACAUCGCGGCGAGAUUCUUUUCGCUGUCACGGGUGUGGGAUGACUCGCUCGCUCGAGAAGUGGCCUUGCAUGAGGUUAUCGCAGCAGGUGCACCGGGGGAAGGGGAGGCCCUCACCAUGUGGGAAGACUUGCAGAAAAUGGCGGAGCGGACACGGUUUGGUGACUUGCAAAUACCGUGUUGGAUGCUGACGCCAUUGGUGUUAUUCACAAGGCGAAGGUAUUCAUGA